AUGGUAUCAGAUGCAUAUAGUAAUAAGGAAACUUCAUUCGAUGAAAAUAUGGAAGAAGAACCUAAUGCUGAGGCUAAAAAGUUUUACAAUAUUUUGGAUGCUGCUAAACAUCCAAUUUAUGAUGGAUGUAAAGAAGGUCUCUCACAACUUUCUUUAGCAGCUCGACUCAUGAGUUUGAAGACAGAUUAUAAUUUGCCUCAAAAUUGUAUGGAUUCGAUUUCUCAGAUGAUGCAAGAGUAUUUGCCAAAAGGUAACAAUUCAAUGAAUUCUUACUAUGAUAUAAAGAAGCUUAUGCGGUCUUUAGGUUUACCUUAUCAGAAGAUUGAUGUUUGCCAAGAUAAUUGUAUGCUAUUUUGGAAGGAUUCUGCGAACCUAGAAAACUGUCUAUUCUGCAAAAAAGACAGAUAUCGACCUACUCAAAAGUUGGGACAGAAAAAGGUUGCAUACAACAAAAUGUUUUAUAUGCCGGUUGGAGAUAGAUUAAAGAGAUUAUAUCAGUCUAAUAAUACUGCAAGAGAUAUGAGAUGGCAUUCAGAACAUUCAAUGAAUGGUGGAGAAAUGUGUCAUCCUUCAGAUGGAGAAGCAUGGAAACAUUUUUGUGAGGUAUAUCCUGAAUUUGCAUCUGAGUCAAGAAAUAUUUACCUUGGGUUAUGCACAGAUGGUUUUAAUCCAUUUGGUAUGUCAGGACAUAACUAUUCUCUAUGGCCUGUAAUUCUGACUCCGUAUAAUAUGCCACCUGAGAUGUGCAUGAAACAAGAAUUUAUGUUUCUAACCAUUCUAGUCCCUGGACCUAAUCAUCCUAAGAGAAGUCUCGAUAUAUUCCUUCAGCCACUGAUAGAAGAGUUAAAGGAUCUGUGGGAUAACGGGAUUGAGGCCUAUGAUAUUUCUACUAAGGAGAACUUUAUAUUACGAGCUGUGCUUAUGUGGACAAUAAGUGACUUUCCUGCUUAUGCUAUGCUUUCUGGAUGGACAACUCAUGGUCGAUUGGCAUGUCCUUAUUGUAUGGACCAGACUGAUGCAUUUCAGUUGAAGAAUGGUAGAAAAACAAGUUGGUUUGAUUGUCAUCGUCGUUUUCUACCAGCAGAUCAUACCUAUCGGCGAAAUAAGAAAAAUUUUAAAAGAGGAAGGGUUGUGAGUGAUGAUCCACCUCUGUUGCUUACAGGCGAGGAAAUAUGGAACAAAGUAAAUGGUUUGCCCAAAACAGUUGACUGCGGAGGAAACCAUGGGCGCUUAAAGGGUUAUGGUGACACUCAUAACUGGCACAAGCAAAGCAUUUUUUGGGAGUUGCCUUACUGGAAGAAUCAUAAACUUCGGCACAAUCUUGAUGUGAUGCAUAUAGAAAAGAAUUUUUUUGAUAAUAUCAUCAAUACUCUACUGAAUGUUCAAGGAAAAACAAAGGAUGGCAUCAAAUCACGACUUGAUUUGAAAGAGUAUUGUAACAGGAAAGAUCUACACUUAACAACUGAUGGCAAGGUUCCCUUCCCAAUUUUCAGACUACAAGCUGAUGCAAAAGCAGCUUUCUUAAAAUGGCUUGAAAAAGAUGUUAAGUUUUCUGAUGGAUAUGCAUCAAGUCUAUCAAAAUGUGUUGAUUUAUCUGGUGGGAAAUUAACAGGGACGAAAAGUCAUGAUUGUCAUGUUCUAAUGCAACGGCUCAUUCCAAUUGCGUUUGCUGAACUUAUGGAUAAAUCUGUGCAUGAAGCACUAUCAGGGAGGGGCAGCGGUAGAGAAAAAGAGUUGUGGCUUCAAGAUAAAGACCACCACAUCGCACAUACAUAUGUUCUGCUUAAUUGUGAGGAGCUGAGGCCAUUUGAAAGGUUAUUUGAUGAGAGUAUGAAUGCUUCUUACUCUGGGAUAACUGGAGACGAUCUAAUCAAGCUUAAAGAACAGAGAUUUUCAAACUGGCUACAAAAACAUGUGGAAGAUACUUCAAAGGAUAAUUUAUAUCCAAAAUGGUUGCAGACACUCGUACAUGGUCCAAUGAUAAAGGGCAUAACAUCUUGUGGCUCAAGUGAUGAACCUGAUUUCUAUGGAGUACUAAAAGAAAAUUUCGAGCUUCAUUACCCAGGACCAGUACAUCUUAAAGUUGUACUUUUCAAAUGUGAUUGGUAUGAUUCGAUCACUGGGAGAGGCAUACGCAUAAACAAGUCAGGGAUAAUCGAUGUUAAUGUCAGCAAACAUCAUGGUAAAUAUGAUCCUUUUAUUUUGGCUUCACAAGCAGAUCAAGUAUGUUAUGUUCCAUAUCCACGGAUAAAGCAGAAAAAGGAUCAAAACUGGAAAGCAGCAAUUGUGAUUCAACCGAGGGGAAAAGUAUUGGUCAGCAAAAAUUUGGAUUUUACUGCAAUGCAAUAUGAAAACGUUGAUCCCAUUGUUUGUGUUGAUUCAGUGCACGUUGAGACACUAGCACAUGUACAUGGUCAAGCAGAAGAUCUUGAUUAUAUGGAAGAGGAACAAGAACUUGGUUCAGAGGCUGAAGAUGGAAACCCUGAUAUUGAAAUAAGUGAUAAAGAAUCUGAUUAA